CUAUCUGAAGAGCAUGAUAACAUGAACUUAUAAAGGAGGGCGCGGACGAUGCUUCGUCACACUGUCGGUGGCCGUCCGUGGGACUUCAGGUCACCUCCCACCUGUCAGGAUGCUGCGCGCGGCGGUGCUCUCACUGCUACUGGCUGCGGCCGUGCGGGCCGACACCCCCGCCAACUGCAGCUUCUCCGACAUCCAGGGCGAAUGGCUGUUCUACUCGUCCGACCCAACCGGCGACAGCACCAUCCAGUGUGACGACGCCACGCCGAUGGACAACGUCAUCGCGCUCUCCCUGCAGGCCCCCAACACCGUGGUGGACACGUUUGGUAACGUCGGCACCUGGACUCUGAUCUACAACCAGGGCUUCGAGGCGACCGUCAACGGUCGGACCUACUUCGCCUUCUCCUACUACACGCAGGACGGCGAGGAGGUGACCAGUCUGUGCGACCGCACGUUCCCGGGAUGGUCUCAUGACGUCACUGUUCGCAACUGGGCCUGCAUCCGCGGGCAGAAGCAGGGACCGAGCCUGCCCAAAACGCACCGCGUCAAGCUGGCAGAUGCUGUCAAGGGUGCCAAGAAGUACGCCAACAACCACGCACUGAUCGCUGCCAUCAACGCGCGCAAGGAGAGCACGUUCAAGGCGAAGGCGUACCCCCAGCACGAGAAGUACACAGUGGCGGAGAUGCACCGGCGCAGCGGCGGAGCCAGGUCGCACCUCCCGCAGCGGCCCAAGCCGGCUCCGAUGACUGAGGCGCAUCUGGACAUCAUCAAGUCGCUGCCGGCGAGUUUCGACUGGACUGACAUCAACGGCGUCAGCUUCGUGCCUCCUGUCCGCGACCAGGCCAACUGCGGCUCGUGCUAUGCCUUCGCGUCGAUGGCCGCCCUCGAGUCUCAAGUGCGUAUUCUGACCAACAACACCGAGCAGCCCGUCUUCUCGCCGCAGGACAUCGUCAGCUGCAGCGAGUACAGCCAGGGCUGCGACGGAGGCUUCCCCUACCUGAUCGCCGGCAAGUACGCCAAGGACUUUGGCGUGGUCGCUGAGCCUUGCAACGCGUACCAGGGUGUGGACACUGCCACCUGUGGCACGGACUCGAGCUGCGGCCGCACCUACACCGCCACCUACCAGUACGUCGGAGGCUACUACGGCGCCUGUAACGAGGCUCUGAUGAUGGAGUCCCUGGUGAACAACGGGCCCCUGGUCAUCGGCUUCGAGGUGUAUGACGAUUUCACGCUUUACCAGGACGGCAUUUACCACCACGACUUUGCGCUGGACCACCUGAAGAGUGGCGAGUUCGAUCCGUUUGAACUCACCAACCACGCGGUGCUUAUCACCGGGUAUGGUGUGGAGGACGGCGUCAAGUACUGGAACGUCAAGAACUCUUGGGGCACCGAGUGGGGCCGCGGCGGCUACUUCAAGAUCCAGCGCGGCAACGACGAGUGCGCCAUCGAGAGUCUGGCCGUCGAGGUCAAGGUCGUCCUGUGAAAGGUCAAGGUCGUCUUCUGAGGAGAUCAAGGUCGUCCUCAAAAGAGGCCAAGGCCGGCUGCACUGGUGACUUUGUUGAGUGUUUGUUUGUUUUUGAGGUCAUGUGAUGUAAUAAAUGUAUGAUCAUCGACUGGAAAA